GGACUAUAUCAUGAAACAUGACACAAUAUCAUUUUCAGAAUUUGUGCAAGUGCACACAAAGGGAGCAGUGGAUCAGCUCUGCUGUGCAGUGGCAGAUACAGAAAAACCCCAAGGAGAGGGUACUAAAGGACAGAGUACAUAUCCUACAAGAAAAUGGAUUCACCUGAUAACCAUUUUCAGUCCAAUGAGGCUACCAUAAUAGAUAAUAAUAAGCAAAAAAUUACAGAAGAAAUUACUAGAACGUUGCAGGAAAUCUCCAAAAAUGUAUCAGAAAUGCAAAAGAUUUUUUCCAAGAUGGGAAGAACCGAAAAUCACAGGGAAAUUGAAAACAAUUUAUCCCGACUAAUACAAUAUACAACAGAUCUCUGUAAAACAACUAGUACUAAACUGAAAGAACUGGCUGGACUAUGUACAUUAGGGACAUCAGUUGAUGAGAGAAAAUGGAAACUGCAGUUGAAGCGACUGUCAGAUGAAUUUAUGGUGAUAUGCAAUGAAUUCCAUAAUACACAGAAAAUUAUAAGAGAAAAGAAAAAGAACCAAAUUACAUCUCGCUCGGAUACAGAAGGACAAUACUCAGAGCCAAGAUUAGAACAUGAAAAUGAUGUGGAAGAUGAACAGAUCCGAUUGCAGGAAUGGGAACUGAAACUCCGUUUUGUAGAGGAACAAGAACAAGAAGUUCAAAAACUACAGGAAGACAUACUGGUCAUCAAUCAACUUAUGAGAGAAAUUUCCUCAUUGAUUAAUGAACAAAGUGAGAAUGUUGACAACAUUGAAGCCAAUGUGGAAGAAACCACCAUACGUGUUAUUGAAGGAACAGAACAGUUACAGCAAGCAGCCAUUCACAAGAACAAAUCUAGAAGAAGAAAGUGCGUUUUUGCUAUAAGCAUAAGUCUUAUUGUGGCAGUUAUCAUCGGAAUUAUAAUAUGGCAAGUUUCCACAUGAAUAUUACAAAAAUACUAUUUUUGUAAAAUGUAUUUAUUUUGAGGCUGUGCUACAACAGCACAACACAAAACAUAUUGUAUUUAACAAUGAAUAAAAUUAGAAUUUUCUUGACUCCCUCGUCUACUCAAGAAUUUUGCUGCUUUGUUAAAGAAACAAAUGCUCGAUAACACAAUCAAGUUACAUUACUUUGUCUACAAAGUGAAACCUGCACUGUUUUAUGUCUCUGUGGACUUGUAUUGUUAACAUGACCUGCUUUGUCGCAUUACUUUUGUUUUUAAAUACUUAUUGUCUCAUAGUUUAAUACAUUUUAUUGUAAUAUAAUGAAUGACAUAUCAGGCCUUAAAUGUUUCUAUCAAUAACAUACAUAAAUUGUAUCUUGCAAUCCUUUUUCAUCUUGUACUUACAUUAAAAUAAAUUCUGUCACUGUUCUCAAACUAUGGUUCAACCAUUUUAAAUUAUGUAUUUACUUAAAACUGAUUCCACAGAUCUC